AUGGAAAUUAUAAAUCUCAAUUCACCUGCGACCAUCUACCUUAAUAAGAUAAAUAAAUCCCCGUCGUAUCCUCCACCACCUCCUUCCAUUGAGCCUGGCCUAUUUAAGCUCUACCAGCCCCCGCUGCCACUGCCAUUGCAUAGAUCUCUACAUGGCCAACGCGAGCUCACGUGGCAGAAUUCUCAUCUCGUUGUUAGCAGCCACUCGCAUAUCCAGCGCAUUCUCAAAUUCGACAGCGAUCAUCUCAACAUCUCACACGCGUCUUUUGGACAACUCCAUCUCAACAGCGCAGACGAUAAGCCUAGAGAGUGCCUCAUAGUGUUUUUACACUCCACCCUCACCUCAAACACAAACGAGAAUGACCUCGAUUUGGCAAUCAGUUCCACUGCUAAUCUCGCACGCUUGUUCUUCCUCGAUCCUGGUCUUGAUUACUCUCUUCCACUCCCUUUCAACCUCUACAGAAGCUGGGACCUUGGCCUUGGUUGGCUCGUAGAACGCAGUGACGCUCGCAGAGCCGGUGAAAAGGUGUCCUCUUGGGCUGUUUUAUCUGGUAUUUGGCACCCUUGGAGACCAAUUGGUGGCUGCAAAGGCUAUGACGCUUACAGAAAUCCUAUCAGGCCUUUCGAUUUCACCCCGCGUCCAAAAUCUCGCAUCGUCCUCAUCACUCCCAUGCAACCACACAACCAAUCCACAAAACACAAUUGGCCAUUUCUCAUCUCGUUUGACUCACAAUCAAAGACACUCAGUGUUUUUCGUUAUACCAGACUCAAACAUCCCAUCAAAACCAAUCCUCCCUCCCCUGAUUAUGCCGCACCUUCCUCCCUCCCGAAUGCUCCAAUUGUGUCUUCAAACUUAAAGAGAUCUUCAACACCGAGACCGCAGCCGAAUCGUCGUAGGAGCAGUAUCAAGUCUAAGGUCAACACUACUCUCGAGAAUACGUUCGAUAAUAGCGAUAUCAGUCUCACCAUGGAUAGAAUGAUUCUCGCUGGCGAAUCUGCUUCCAACAGAGCUCCACCAGGCUCGAAACCCGAUGAGACUCAGACGCUUUCCAGCGAGUCUGACGUUUUUAUCGAUUUGCUUUGGGAAUGCAAAGCAGCUGAUAUAGAUUCGAGCACUCCCUCCGCUCACGCAUUCGAUCAGUCUGAAAGCGAAAUUUCUCUCGCCAUCCAUUUCUCUGGCCUGUCAUCGCAAUUGAUAGUCAUCAAAGUGAGCCGAGACCCCAUCCUUCCCAUAACCAGUCAGCUGCAUAUUGAAGAAAAGGAUACUGGAUUCCCCGUAGCUACUGCGGUGACUAGCAUUAGAUGUACCCAGGAGCAUACCGAUGAGCUGGUUAUUCUCGAUAAUGCCAAACAACUUCAUAUUCUCAUACACAAAUCACCCAAGUCUAUACUAUUUCCAUGCUUGUUUCAAGAUUCACGAGAUCUACCGAGAGCAUUCAAGGAUGUCAAUGGCAGCUGUCUCACAAUCGAAACUACCACUUCCAAAGUUCGACGUUUCAACUUGGGUCAGUGGCCGAUUGAACCUGUUGUUAAAUCGUGCACCAGUCUCAUUUCAUCUCUCUGCACCAACGAAGAAAAAGCGGACUUUGCAAGGAAAAUGUUUAAGCACUUCACACCACAAAAUAAGGGUCUUGAAGCUUUAAUCAGUACACUAGCUGAUUUUAUACGAUGCGAGCACCUUGAAACACCCACUGCAGCAAUGAGCAAUGGCUGGAAUAGGUUGACCAACACUAAAGCCCAUCAACGCGCUCUGAGAAGCUCGAAUAUAUUCGCAGUUCCUCCUGAGUCAAUGAAGAAAGAGCAACACAAAUCUGCUUCUGAUUUGAAGCCGCAUUCGCAAGCGCUUCAUCACGUCUUGCUCGCUCUGCAUCUUGUUGCAGAAGAUGUGCUAUUGGAUACCACGACGAGGUUUGAGAAUCUCGCUAAUCUCGCUCCGAUUCUAGGAUGGCUGAGUAAGGCUGCACGUCGCGAAGACUAUGUAGGCUGGUGGCAGCGAUGGGCUGGGGAAUAUACCCCUCUGCCUUUUGACUGUGGAAGCCAUGCGUCUGUUGAAAUUGAUAUCCAGCCGCCUCCGAGUAUCUACAAAGAUCUGCAGUGCAGGAUGGAUAGAAACUCGUCUUCUUAUCCUGUCAUACCGCCUCAGCAACUACAGUCGACAGUAGCAUUACAAAAAGUAUUUACGUUGAUAGGAGACAACAAUCUCGAAGGCACGGUGGAUGAGUUGAUACGUAAUGGCUUCACGAAUGAAAAAAUCAGAACUCUACCGCUACAACUCUCAGUAAUUUUGCAGGAGGUCCUGCGUGUAUGCCAGAUGAGACCGAAACUGCGAUGGUCAGCAGAAGCGUACCAGCUCAUAGGGAGAGAGGACCUUGUCGCAAAUGCUAAUGCCAAAGAGCGGCAGGGUAAGAGUGAUGAUGUGCGCGAUUUACCGUCUAUGGAGACCAUCAAGAAUAUAGUUAAAACUAAAAAGGAAGAUGAAAGUAAUGCUUCAAACAAGAAUUGCUCCGGUGUCGAAUUUGAUAAUAUGGAAAUACCAAAGUUGAGAUUCUCACAGGAUCAUCGCUUGAAAGAGGUAGCAAAGAUGUUGGAUGGCAGCGAGUUGACAAACAUGCGCUUUCUCAACACCAGUGGACUGCUUGAACCAGACUUUUUGAAAGAGCAGGAAAAUGUUACGAACGAGAUGCCAGAACGCACAUUAAGUCUGCCAUAUGGACGUGGUAUGCUGACUUACGGAACAAGUCAGAGUGUUCCAGCAGGUCCACUACAGAUACCGGAUUUUGACUAUCGUGUGCGCAUGAUACCGACUAACACGACGUACAACAUCGAAUCCACAGCAAUCAUGACUGAAUUCAAAGAAUGGGGGGAGUUUUCAAAUGGUGUCGCCUCAGCUUUGAAGCUGAAUGAGCAGCUCACAGUGGACGAGAGCUGGAUCAUGCUAAAUAAACCGAGCAAGAAUGUCAUGUCAGCGCGUCACUCUGGUCUGAUGCUGGGGCUAGGAAUGAAUGGCCAUUUGCGCAGUAUGUGGCUGGGGCACGUGCAGAAGUUCCUCGAGCCCAAGAAUGAAUUUAUGACAAUAGGGACGAUGCUUGGUGUUGCUAUCAGUUAUGCAGGCGAUCCGCCGGAACGGUUGAUAGGGGCUUUCUCGCUACACGUACCCGCGAUACUACCAACUCACCAACUGGAAUUCAAUCUUUCGGGGCUCACACAGGCGGCAGGACUGUUCAGCUUGGGUGUUGCGCACCUUGGUACACGGCAGAGACGCCAGGCUGAGAUUCUGCUUGGCGAGAUCGGUGGAGUGGAUGUCCCUUCAAACGAAGGAAAGGGUAGCGUGCGAGGAAGCUACUCGUUAUCGGCAGCUCUUGGCUUCGGAUUAGUCAUGCUCGCGAAAGGUAAAGAAGCGACAUCGCCAUCAGAGACGCAGAUGAUUACAAAACUGAGACACUAUAUGCAUGGCGAUAAGCACGGCCACAACAAGUCGGGCAUCGAGUUUGACGCCCUUGACGCCAACUUUACCAGUCCCGGCGCGACACUGGCACUCGCAAUGUGGUUUCUAAAGUCUGAGAGAAGCGACGUGGCGUCUCUAAUGGAUCUACCCCACAACUCCACUGAAUUAGAUUGGAUCAGACCUGAUUUCCUCCUAUUUAGAACUCUCGCCAAGAAUCUCAUCAUGUGGGAUUCGAUUGGCAGGAAGAAGGAGUGGGUUGAGAGUCAAAUACCCCAGUUCAUACGAUCUGCUCUUGAUAGAAAGAAGGAUAGGUUUGAGUCUGUGGAUGAUAGUAUCGAAUUGGGCUACUACAACAUCGUCGCCGGCGCAUGUCUUGCUCAAGGACUCAAAUUUGCGGGUACAGCCGAAGACGAUGCGUUUGAGUGUCUACUUUACUAUAUGGAUCUCUUCACACAAGCCGCAUCGAUUAAAUCUAUCACAUACGAGGGCAAAGUGAAACGAGCAGCAAUCAGGUCAGGUCUGAACACAAUAACCGUAGCACUAGCGGCGGUUAUGGCUGGCACUGGCGAACUUGGAAUCUUGAAGCGUCUCCGCAUAGCUCACGGUCAAUUCGGUGCAUCAAGUGGCAGAAACUUCGGCUCACAGAUGGCGACGCAUAUGGCACUUGGAUUACUAUUUCUAGGAGGCGGAGAGUACACGCUCACUAACUCAAACGAAGCUGUUGGAUUCCUCUUGUGCGCUCUGUACCCCAAAUGGCCAAUGACGCCAGCCGAUCAGUCAAACCAUUCAUUCGCAUACAGACAUUUGUGGGUGAAGGCUGUACAGAAACGAUGCUUUAUUCCGCGCGAUGUCAAGACUAAUGAGGCUGUCUAUGUUCCCAUUAAGAUCAAGGCUGUCGACGAAUUGGACAAGAUGCCGAAAAGCAUGAGGAUGAUAGCGCCAACGCUCGUGCCCAAAUAUUCUAGACUGCUCAGCCUGAAGAUUGAUUCGCCCAGAUAUUGGCCGCUUGUUAUUGAUUUCAACGAUGAGAACAGUCUGAAGAAUCUCAAGACAUCACAGACUUUCUACGUUAAGAAGAAAGCAGGAUAUUUGAGCUACGCAGCUGAUCCUCGCAAUCUGAAGUCUACCGCUAGCAGAAAUAAGGCUGGACUUGACCUUGUAGCCAACCUGAGGACGGAUCUCACACCCGACCAGGGGCUGCUACGUUCCGAAAACUACGAAGAAGUCGGUAAUAGUCUGGAGCUGAGUGGCAGUUUGUCGUCUCUAGCAAGCUUCGCUAGGUCUGGAGGCAGCUGCAAUUUCAUCGAUGCUGUGCUGUUGGAUGCGCUGUCUAAUGACAAGCCUGUCAGUGUUUGGUAUCAUUUGACCUUGAACCGCUUAUGCAAUCUUGCACAUAAAAAGACAUACUCUCGGUCUAACUCGACAGAGCUUGUUCUGAGUGCUCGCGAGCUCAAUUACCUGCAGGCCGCAUAUAGAGGCACAUUAAGGAGUGUGCUAGGUUAUCUCGCACCACUGCUGCAAAGCUCAAUGAUAACUUACGCUAUCCGAACACUUUGCAAAGGUGGCGUGGAAGAGCAUGUGCUUAGGGAUGUCCUUAUUGGGAAAAGACCUGAAUGGGAAGCCGGUGUCUAUUUAUCAGCACACAAUUAUCCAGAUCGAGGUACGGUGAUGGCUAUGUUUAAUCAGAUAGAUGCUUGCAAGGAAUUACCAAGGAGCGCGCUCAAACUGAUGCUUCAACUGACUCUUUCAAGAUUAGACAGUAACUCAUCAAGCAAGACCAUGGUAGAGAAAAUAUUCAAUGCGUAUGAUAGUAACAAAAUGAGGCCGUGA